GUGGCGCCCUUUGCAUGCGGGACAAAAUCUGUGAAAGUCGACUGGACGAGCAGACGACAACCCGGAUCUGACAAAAGGCCUAGCUUCUUGUGUCGAUGAUGGGGAGCGUGCGUUGGGCAUUCCGUUUUGGUUCUUGGAAACCCACACAGGCUGAAUGGACUCUGGCAUCUAGGUGUAUACAGCAGGAGGAAAAAGACAAGAUCGGCAAAUUUGUCUUCAAGAAAGAUGGCAAGGCCUCAAUGGUUGGAAGGCUCCUCAUCCGAAAAGUUGUUGCAGAAACCUUGACAUUCCCCUGGAAAGAGAUCAGCCUUGCAAGAACAGAGAAGGGCAAGCCCUACCUCACCAAUGAGAACAUCGCAGAUCCUGAUUUCUUCCCUAAUUUUAAUUUCAAUGCAUCACAUGCUGGGGACUACACUGUGUUGGCUGCUGAGCCUGAGUGGCUGUGUGGGGUGGAUGUCAUGAAGGUUGAGGCACGAGGAACGCCCACGAUUCCUGAAUUUUUCCGUUUGAUGAAAAGGCAGUUAACGUAUCAUGAAUGGGAGGUCAUACAAGCAGAAGACACAGAAUGGAAACAGCUGGAGAUGUUCUACAGAUUCUGGUGUUUGAAGGAAAGCUACAUCAAGGCGAUUGGUAUUGGUUUGGGCCUUGACCUGCAGACAAUAGAAUUUCAUCCAAAGACAAGGGCAGUACAACAGGGAAUGGUCACCACAGACACAAAGUUCUAUCUGAAUGGAACACUGGAUACCACAUGGGACUUCCAUGAAUCAAAGUUGGAUGACCUUCAUUUUGUGUGUGUUGCCCUCAAGCGACCAAAUGGGGUAUUGGCUGAUGUCCAUGUACCCACUUCCAUCUUUAAGGAACAUACGUUCGUGGACCUCGUUUCCUCUGCGCAGCCCUUAUUUCCAGAGGAUGUGUUGUACUGGGAAGAAUUUGCUAAGAAAGAGGAAAGACCCCGUGGUCAAAGAACUGACGCUUUGUAGAAAUGUUUAGUGACAAAUCCUUGGACCAUCUCACUUUUCUUGAUGGUACAUGUAUUUAGAAGGAACACAUUGACAUUUCAAUGUUUUUCUUAAGACACUAUCCAUCCAGAGUCAUUCAUCCCUUUCUUACAUGAAAAUUGAGAAGUCCGCAUUUCACUUACAAAUCCUGUAGACACAUCCAGGUUUUGUACCAUCACAUAGAUUGGUCCCAACCAUCAUGUACCUGUUAUAUGCGCCUGUAUACCAUGCAUUUUCCCUUAUCACUGAAAAGAGCACUCACUCUUAUUCUCAUCUUGCAUGGAAUGUCUCUUCAAGGUUUCUAAAAGGAAUACCCACAUUUGUGCACUCUACCAUCAAAAACAUCAAGAGCAAAGACACAUUAUUCAGUUAGGUUUUCUAAUUUAAUGUCAAGGGUUCAUUUUUUCUAUUCUAACUCAAAGCAUGGAAACAUCACAACUAGUGUGAAAAGUGAGAGUGUGAAAAUCAAAGAAAGCUGUUCGAAUAAUCAUAACAUUGAGCACUUACAGGUGUAGUACACAAGGUGCAUGUGUAAACCUACAUCCAUGUACAUGUGUAUGUCACUGAGAUCAGUUUAACAACUUUACACCUUGUGCAUGAGCUUAUAGAUCCAGCACAUUUCAUUGCACACAUACACGUUAAAUAUAAACUUUGUAGAGUAUGUAUGAAAAUUAAGUGAUUAACACAGUUCUUGAACAUUGCAAAGCAUUUUUUGUAUCUGUCUUUUUUAAUACAUGUACCCUGAACUACAUGUAAUACCUGUCACUAGGUUGUCACAUACAGUACUUACUGUAGACUUAUUAACUAAAAAUUAAAUUAUUAUUAAUUAAAACCUAAAAAAAAAUUUGUAUUACAAACUAAAUUAUGUAAUGUAAAUCACUGGGAACCGAACCAACAUGAUACCUUAUUUCAGUUUACUAUUUCUAAAUUGACACAUACAACAUGAACUUCUAACAAAAUAACCUAUCUGUUGUAGAGUAUCAUUUUCAUACAAUUUACAAGUAUCACACAAAUAAAUACUUCACACAUUUUUACAUCAGUUAUCAUUGCUGUGUGUAUCACAGGGUUAUCAACAAACCAACUCUUGAAUUUGUUCAUAGACACAUUAAAUAACAUUAUAUAUGCAUAAUGUGUAUGUACGUUAUGAAACAAAGCAUAUCAGUGUCAAUCAUUGAUAGAUACUGAAGGAACAGCAUCUGUUCAGUUGUUCGCAUGUGUUUCUAAUUCUGUUUCUGAAUUGAAGCGUCAUGCAUUUUCUCCAAAACUCUUAACUUGCAUCAAACCAGAUGAGCUAAAUUUUAAUCCUAAAAAGAACCUCUAAGUAUGUAUUAAAGUGCAUGUUUCAUCUAUUCUUACUCACUUUUAUUACAGCUUUUGUUGGAUGAGGUUCCCACCUAAACUUAUUUCAUAACAGACUCAUGUCACACCUUUUAAUUUAACACGGCAAGUCCACAUUAGUCUGAAGUUUUCUCCUGAACACCACACCCUUCCAUUCAGUGUAUUUCCCUGCAUGUAUUUAUCUCCAAAGCCCAUAAUUCUGACUAAAAUUCCAUGAUCCUGUAGUCUACCUUCAACUGGAUUUGCAAGGCUGAUUUAAAUGACAUUUGACGGGCAUGCCUUUCUAAAGGACCCUGUUCUUAUCUGAUAGGAUUCUAGAAAAGGAGAUUCCAUCCACACCAGUACCCUUUGACUAAUUCAGACAGUGAUGUCUGUCUAAUAUGGCGUGGGGCACCAUGAGGAGGUAGCAACCCAGAUUGUGGUCCAAAUUAACUGUGGUAUCCCCCAGUUAGUGGCACAAUCACAAUUGGCUUUCAGAAAUGCUGUUAAGUCAAAGUGACAAGGGAAUAGUGCAAGGAGAUGGCAGAAGCAAAUAACUGAAUCUUCAAUCACUUGUUUCCACUUGCCUUUUUUGUAUGCAUCAGCCACUACAAGUGACAAAGUUGCAUUCUGGAUAGUGGCACAGGGAAACACGUAUUUGGGCUAAUGAACAUGUGUGGCAGGGGAAAACUGUGUAAUUUAUGUGGGACACAACGUUUGCGUCAGGUGUGUAUUUCAAACAAGAAGGAUUUGACAAUAUGAGCCUGCAGGCAUCAUUUACCCGUAUAUUAAUCUACAUUAUGUCACGAGGUACCCUGAUAGUGAUCGAAUGGGAGUUUGGGGACGAGUAAAUGAGUACCUUGGUGAUGAUGAAGAGAAGCAAAUGAGAGGAUGUGGCGGUGAGAUUCAUUUACGUAAGAAUGAUGGUUAUGGCUGUUGUUGGUUGUAGGCAAUCAGGGAUGAAAAGUGAGAAAAUUAUGAGAACAGCAUCUGUUCAGUGUUAAUAACAAAAUGAAGUGAUAAAGAACGGAGGUUGUAGUUUGGUUGAGCUGUUUAGUUGGGGAUUUAUUUGGACGAUGGAGGACAAUGACUUGGGUAAUAAUGGUUGUUGAUGAUAGUUACUUGUUAUGAUGAUGGCUGUAGUGGUUGUACAGAUAGUUGGAGAUGAUUGGGGUGAAAGUGGAGAUGGAAACUCAAAGGUAAAGAUGAUAUGGUGGUGAUGGAGGGUUUGGGGUGUUGAUAGUGCUGAUAUUGGCAAUGAUAGGUGAAGAUGGUGAAGGUGAUGCUAUUGACAGUGGUGUGGUGAGGAUUAUACCUGCUUCACAUGAUACUGAUUAUGCCCGUAGUAAUGCCCCCAAUAAUUGAGAUGGUGGGGUCAGUGUCGUUGUUAUAGAUUGCUUAGGUGAUGAUGGUCAUGAUAAAAAAAAUAUAUAUAUUGUUUGAGUAGUUGAUGAUGGAGUUAACCGAUGAUCCAUGUACAUUUCCUCUGGAUAAUUUACCUUUAGCUGUUUCAAGAGUAUGAUAGUAAAUGUGUAGAAGAGACAGAAGUCAUUUUGAAUGGAAUGAGUUUUUUGGGUGGGUGGGUGGCUGAUGAUUUGUUUUAUCUAAUUAAUGCCCAAAGUAAAUUCCCCAUAUUGCGUUGAA